AGGCUCGCCCCUCUCUGGACAGACAGCGUGGACACAAAAGAUGGUGCUCGACUUGGACCUGUUUCGCACCGACAAAGGUGGCGACCCAGAAGCCAUCCGCGAGACCCAGAGGAAGCGGUUCAAAGACGUGACGCUCGUCGACAAACUGGUCGCCGCCGACACGGAGUGGAGGAAAUGUCGCUUCACCGCAGACAACCUGAACAAAGCGAAGAACCUCUGCAGCAAGAGCAUUGGGGAGAAGAUGAAGAGGAAGGAGCCGGUGGGAGAGGACGAGUCGGUGCCGGAAGCCGCUCUGAACGUGGAGUCCUUAACGGCUGAAGUGCUCUCGCCCUUGUCGGUCGGCCAGAUCAAGAAGGUGCGCCUGUUGGUGGACGAGGCCGUGGAGAAAAGCGACAGCGAGCGGAUCAAGCUGGAGGCGGAGCGCUUCGAGUACCUGAGGGAGAUCGGCAACCUCCUGCACCCGUCGGUGCCCAUCAGCAACGAUGAGGACGCAGACAACAAGGUGGAGCGCACCUGGGGCGACUGCAGCGUCCAGAAGAAGUACUCCCACGUGGACCUGGUGGUCAUGGUCGACGGCUUCGAUGGCGAGAGGGGAGCCGUUGUGGCCGGGAGCCGCGGCUACUUCCUGAAGGGCCCCUUGGUGUUCCUGGAGCAGGCCCUGAUCGCCUACGCCAUGAGGAUCCUCCACAGCAAGAACUACACCAUGCUCUACACGCCCUUCUUCAUGAGGAAAGAGGUCAUGCAGGAAGUCGCCCAGCUCAGCCAGUUUGACGACGAGCUCUACAAGGUCAUCGGUAAGGGCAGCGAGAAGGCGGACGACAACUCCGUGGACGAGAAGUACCUCAUCGCCACCUCGGAGCAGCCCAUCGCCGCCUUCCUGCGGGACGAGUGGCUGAAGCCCGAGGACCUGCCCAUCCGCUACGGAGGCUUCUCCACCUGCUUCCGGCAGGAAGUGGGCUCCCACGGCCGAGACACCCGCGGCAUCUUCAGGGUCCACCAGUUCGAGAAGAUCGAGCAGUUCAUCUACGCCUCGCCGCACGACGACAAGUCGUGGGAGAUGUUCGACGAGAUGAUCGGCACGGCGGAGGAGUUCUACCAGACGCUGGGGAUCCCGUACCGCGUCGUCAACAUCGUCUCCGGCGCCCUGAACCACGCUGCCAGCAAGAAGCUGGACCUGGAGGCCUGGUUUCCCGCCUCCGGCGCCUUCCGGGAACUCGUCUCCUGCUCCAACUGCACCGACUACCAGGCCCGGCGCCUCCGGAUCCGCUACGGCCAGACCAAGAAGAUGAUGGACAAGGCCGAGUACGUGCACAUGCUGAACGCCACCAUGUGCGCCACCACACGCGUGAUGUGCGCCAUCCUGGAGAAUUACCAGACGGAGGACGGCGUCGUCGUGCCGGAGGCGCUGCGCACCUUCAUGCCUCCUGGUUUGACGGAGUUCAUAAAGUUCGUGAAGCCGGCUCCCAUCGACCAGGAGACGUCCAAGAAAGCCAAGAAGAACGACGGCGGCGGCAAGAAGAAGAAGCAGAAGCAGGGCGGGGGGGGCCAGAACCUCCCCGCCGCCAUGGAGACCAUGUCCGUCAGCGACUCGUAGCUCCGCCUCCUGGCUGCUGACCUCUGUCUCUCUCUCUCUCUCUCUCUCUCUCUCUCUCUUUCACCUCUCACUGAGCCAAAAGACGAACAGAUGAGAUUGCUGCUAGAAUUCCGGCUUUGGGCGACUUCAGCAGACGAGUUCCUGUUGCUGCAGCGUUUUAGGAUCCGUAACGGGCAAGAAAAGGUGUGGGUGUUUUUUAUUUUAUUUUCCAGUGUUACUCAUCCGGUAACUGAAAUCUCCUUCAGAGAUCAAAACCUGCAUCUCUUCUGUAAUAAAUGCCGUUUAUUAUUUCAGGGUCUGAAACGCCUUCAAAGUUGAUCCAAAUUAAAGAUAUCAUGUACUUGAACCUGUUUUAAUUUAGGCUUCCUUCAUCUUCCUCUCUGACCACAAUCAUCAUCGUCACCGUCCAUCAUUGUUGCGCAAAGUCGGCCUUACGAUUGAGACGGUGUAUGAACUCGCUGAUAUAUAUAUACAUAUAUAUAUAUGAUGGAGCAUUGAUGAAGCGGCACUUUCAUGGUGAAACAAAUAUUAAACAGUUGAUAUGGAAGGUA